UACCCCAAAUGGAGUAAUCCGACAUUUUAUUGGCUAAACAACACUGAUGAACGUGUUUCUUUUUCUCUGCAGCUCCAUGUAGUGUUUUUGUUCUGUAGAAUAGCGUAAUGGUAACAACGACAGUUGAUAAGAUACAUACUUACGUUAAAUGUCGCUAGCUCUUUGUUAAUUUGCUAUCGAAGCUAAGCUUGAUAUUUUAGCUCACUAGCUAAUGUUGUACAGGAGUCACAGAGACGGAUCUGAAGUUCUGUUUGCGUUCAGCUACCAAAAGACUUCUGCUGCAAAAACUUUUUAUUGGAAAGAUGAGUGGAACAGAAACUAUGACUGACGAACCUGCGUGGACCAAGGCCAACCUCCGGACGCUUCUUGCUGCAAUGAAAACCAGCAUCCCAAAACGAGACAGAAAGAGAACAUAUUUCAAAGGACUGAUACUGUUCGACUGGAAAGAGGUGGCUUUCCCCCCUUUCUCCCCUGAAGCAUGCAAAGAAAAGUGGGGAGAGAUUAUGAAGAAGAUGAUGAAGAUUCGAACCCUCACGGAGCUCAUCGUUGAAGCUGAAGAUGUCAUUUCCAAUCCUAUCCAGAACCUCCGGAUCCACCCAGAGCACCCGAAGAGACCCAGACCUCCAAAUGCCAUCUUUUUUGAGGAAAAUUGGAGCAAGUUUAAUAAGAAGCAGACACGUAUGAGCCAAGCAAAGCUGUUCACGCACUUAAGCAAAGAGUACCAGUUGCUCCCAGAUGAAGAGAAGGCUCAAUAUGUGGAUAAAUUCAAGCUUGAAGUGGAGGAAUACAAGAAAAAGAUGGAGAAGUUCAAUAAACAACAUACAAAGAAGAGGCUCUCUGCAGACUGCACAGAUGAUGAAGAGCAGACUGAAGAUGCAAAGUGCCUGCCUGCUAAGCCUCCUUUCAAUGGCUAUAACAUAUUCUGCAAAGAGCAACGUUCGUCCAUGACGGGUUUUGCAUUCAAUGCCUACUCGAGUGUUUGGGCCGUACGUUGGCGAAAUUUGACUGAGGAAGAGCGGAAGACAUACUGCACGCGCUGCAAAGAGCUGAAGAGGGAGUACUCCACCAAGCUGAAUGAAUAUUUAAACACUUUUGAUGAGGAGGAGCAGCAGAAGAUCCUAAAAGAGAAUGACAUCAAAAGACCUAAAGUGCAAAUAGAGAAAAAGACAAAGAAAUACGCCGUAAGAAAAGUUGCAAAGAAACUUCCCGGCGAGCCCAAGAAGCCAACUCAAGCUGGUAAUGCAAUGUUCUGCAAGAAGCAGAUGGCUCUUCUGAAGGAAACAAUCCCAAACUCAAGGGAGCGCUUUGCCAAGAUCAACCAACUAUGGUGCAAGCUCUCUAAUGAAGAGAAGUAUCAGUACAAAGAGGAUGCACGUAAAAACAUGGACAAAUACUACAUCGAGCUGCAGGCCUGGUUUAUGACAUCCUCCAAAGCAGAGCAGGAGGCGUAUCGGAUAUGUAACCCCAGUAAAUAUAAAUACAUUCGUACCAACAUAAAGCCAUGCGUGGACGUCUACAGGCCGUCGGAUUCAGAAGAUGAAGAACUUGAGGACAGCAGCAGCGAUGAAGAAGAUUAUAUCAGUUAUAAGAUUGAGGAGGGGGAGGAGGAGGAGGAAGAAGAAGUGGACGAUAUCAUCUCGUUUAAAGUGUAUUAGAUGGACAUGGGAUGAACAGCAGGAGCAGCACUGGAUUUGAGAUGAUGGACACGCUCCGGUGGAUGACUUUAAUGCCACAUUGUGCUGUAUGGAGGUUGCCAUCACCAGUACUCUUAUGUAUUGUUCCACAACCCAGGCUGGAUUACAAAGUGCACCAGGGGCCACACAAUCCUCAAGUUUACCCACUAUGUGGCGAUAAGUGUAAUGUGAUUAAUUGUACUAUGUAUGUACUGUUUGGGAAUAUUUGCCACUACAGCACAUUACCAACUGAUAUAAUGAGGGCCUUGAAUUAUUUCACGACAAAUAAAUAAAAAUUUGCUUUAAGAGAACUCAAUCUUUGGCAGUAAAUGUAAUGUUCAUGUAGGAACCCUGGGUCUGGGUUCUUAAAGGUCCUGCUUCAUUACAUAAUUAUGAGGCCUUGUUGUAAUAGGAUCCCUCUGCAAAAAAAUAUAUGUUUUAAGACCAAUGUUAUUUAAUAACAUGUGUUAAUACAAAUAUUGUAUGUAGAAAGCACCACCAGUUUUACUGUCAAUACUCAGAUUGCCUGAAUUUAUAUUUGAUUGGGUCAAAUUGAUGGGAUUUAUUGGAUAUCCCAAGUUUUUUGUUUUAUUUGGUUUGAAAAACAAUUUUUUU